UCGAAGGUGAAGUCAAAAUGGCGGAAAUGGAGUUUUGAUGAAAGUCUUGUAGCUUAUGUAGUUGAUUCGUUGGCCUCUGGUCGGUCACCUGGCCUCAGGAUGAAAAAGCAGUUUUAUCGCGUCAAACAGCUUGCUGAUCAGCGCGUUGGCAGAGCUGAGAAGACUGAGAUUUUGACAGAGGAAUUACAGAAUGUUGAGAAAACAGUUGAAAAAAUCAAGCAUGCUUGUCAUGCAGCAAGCAAAAGGAUUACUGCCUCAAUGCAAGGCCAAGGAAGUGAUUUUGAAAAACGAAUGGCUAUGUUAUUUCAAAAAUCCAAAGGUAGUCUUGAUGAUAUARCAAUAUUAUCAUGGAACAAACAGAUGCAMUAUGAUGCCAUGAAAAAGCUAAACCAGGCUGGAMUUGCACAAAGCAUGUUAGAAUCUAGCAAUCAGCUAGGUGAUACAUCACUUCUUGGGUCAGUGCUGCUUGGCGCAGGAGAAGCUGAGCGUUCUAUAGCAAAACAAUUAUGUGAUUAUGAAAUGGCAGUUGAAAAGAAUGUCCUGGCACCAAUGACAUUAUUAUUAGAGAAUGAUAUACCUAAUCUUGCUCAAUCAAAGAAGAAGCUUUCCAAAGCUGCCUUAGACAUGGACACUUGUAGGUCAAGGUGGAUGGCAGCGGUUAAGGCUGCUCAUGGCUCCAGUAAAGACAUGCAAACUGCAGCAAGCAAAGCAGACUCUUUGAAGGAUGAACUUGAUGAAGGGACUAU